AUGCAAGUGAAGUGGUUGUGUGUUCUCUUAAUAGCUCCGAUCGUUUCCGUAAUCGCAUCAUCGUUAACUAAUCGAAUUUUGUAUCGCAUUUUUGUUCCCUUCACGUUCACCACUGGAGACUUACAGGAUAAUCAGAAUGGACGGGCAACACGUCAGCUUAGCUUUGUAACGAGGCAAUUAGUAGCAAACUCAACUACAGUUAACAUUGCUUGUGCUAAAUUGGUCAAUGUCACGGGACCGUGUCGUCGUCGUCGAGGACUUUGGGCAGAAGAGCCCAUAGUUCUGUCUUUUGACGAAGAGACGGAGAAACUAACUGAGAUUUUGUUUACACCCCCGUACAAGCUGGAGCCAACUCAAAUACCUAAUGUAACCGUGAACGAUGUCCCGAGCAGUUCUACCAGUGGCACAACCGUUACGAGUGUCGAGGAUGGUCGGCUGAUUACAUCCAUGCGUGAAUCGAGACAUCGUGAUUCACCUCAUUCCCGAAUCUAUUUCCCUUACAUACUCGGCUUGGUUACGAGGUUUAUUUCAGCACUGACUGCUGGUAGGCCGUCGUCUACCAUUCAAGUGACCCCUAUUCUCGAUGGUGGUAUUUUGCCUGUUUUUGAAUCUUCACAAGCUGAGGUCACUGUUACCGUGACCAAUACGUUCUUUGUCCAGGUUUGCACCCCUUCUCCGUUUCCUUUUUCGGAAUGUCUUCAGUUCCGCAAACGCAAUUAA